UUCGCGGCAGUUUCUCUGGCGGAGUAGAACACGUGCGCGCGAAAGGAGAUUGACUAGAUUCAGGACUCAGAUUCAUAUUCAGAUUCCAGGAUGCAGAACAACAACUUCCUUCCACUGAACACCAGGCGGUUUCAGCAGCGGGCGCAGGUGGAAACCCCGGACACGGUCUACUGGAACCGACUGGCGAAACCGGAGCUCGUAAAGGAGCACAACACCAUCGACUAUGUGGACUUCAGCCCCAGCGAUCCGGACAACUUUGCGGUGACCUGCUCGGUGCGCGUGCAGAUCUACAAUCUGGUGACCAAGCUGGUGGUGAAGAACCUCUCGCGCUUCCAGAAGACCGCCUACGGGGCGACCUUCCGCCAGGACGGGCGCCUCCUGGCCGCCGGCGACGAGGAGGGCCACGUCAAGCUGUUCGACACCACCAGCCGCAACAUUCUGCGCCUCUUCAAGGGCCACACGGCCCCAGUGCAUCGCACCCAGUUCACGGCGGACAAACUGCAGCUGGCCAGCUUCGGGGACGACAAGGCGAUCCGGCUGUGGGACGUGGCCAACGAGAAGGUGGUCCAGACCUACGGCGAUGUGCACACGGACUAUAUCCGUGCCGGCGCCAUGCAUCCGCAGACCUCGCACAUGUUCGUCUCCGGCGGCUACGAUGGCAAGAUUAAUCUAUAUGACACGCGUGCAGAGACUGCGGUGCAGCGCACUUUGGAUCAUGGAGCUCCUGUGGAGUCCAUGCUGUUCCUGCCCCACGGCUCCAUCUUCGUCAGCGCCGGCGGCAGCCAGGUGCGCGUCUGGGAUCUCAUCAGCGGCUGCCGGCUGCUCACCAUGAUGUCGCAGCACCACAAGACCGUCACCUGCCUGCGCCUGGGCUCCGAUGGCCGGCGACUCUUCUCCGGCGGCCUGGAUCGGCACGUCAAGAUCUACGAUGUGAGCACCUACAAAACCGUGCACACGCUCACAUAUCCCAAUGCCGUGGUCAGCCUGGGCGUUGCUAGCGGGGAUCAGGCCGUUGUGGCCGGCAUGGUCGAUGGCCUGGUCUCCAUACGCCGCAUGAUCGUGGACAGCAAGCCGAGUCACCUGAAGAAGAUCCGUGCGGAUCGGGCCAGCAAACAGUUCAGGGAGCUGAGGCGACCGAACAACAGCCAGGAUGUGGAUCACACGGUGCGGGAGCGGGCGAAGGGAACAGGACUGCAGCGAUACGACGUCCAUCUGCGGGGAUUUAAUCACAAGAAGGCCUUGGAUGAGGUGAUGGCCAAGGCGAAGAUGGAGAAGAAGCCGGAGCUCGUGGUGGCGGUCAUUACGGAUCUGCUGCAUCGCAGAUCGCUGGACAAGGCGCUCACCGAUCGACCGGACGCCAUGCUCGUGCGGUUCAUCAACUUUGUGUGCACCCACCUGGGCGAGGUGCGAUUCAUGCGUCCGCUGAUGAUGGCCGCCAGCACGAUCCUGGAUGUCUGCGAACGGCAGCUGGUGGCCUACAGCCAGCAGUUGAUCGUGGCCCUGGAACGGCUGGCGGCGGCCGUUCGGGCGGAGGUCAAGCUGACCGCCGAGCUGAUGCGACUGAAGGGCGCCAUGGACAUGCUGAUCGGCGUCUCGAUGGACAACGGCGAGGUGGCCCAUAGACCCGCCUAUUCGGAGGCCAAGGCACCAAAGAUGCAGCCCUCGUCGGCGGCGGAGAGCUACGUGGUGGGCAAGGUCCAGGUGGAGUGACCCAGAAGAUCCACUUCCUCGUUCAGUGAUCCGGACGAUUAGUCUUAGAUAGAAUUCCCUCGGGUUAUCUUAAGUAGCUAUUAGUUAAUAUUAUGAUUUUUUUUCUACCAACUUUAAGAUUAAAGCUGUGCAAACAA